UCUCAUUUACGGCACCACCGGUGCUGCAGGAACGAGAGGAAGGUGGACGCGAUAUUUGCUUAGAUUUCGUAACACCGGAUUGAAUCUUGCGUAGAAAAGACUAUUGUCAUUUUAGAUAAUUGUAACGCUUACAUGUCCGUGUUAGUCAGGUGACUGCUGAGGUAGAUAUCUACUUUUAUGUUGGCAUUAACGUUAGCUAACCGUAGCAGACAGCAGUCUCGUCUCAUCGUGUAGCCACUCAACUUCUUAGGAUCUAUUUUUCUUUUCACCGAUUCCGCCGAUUUUCUCAUCAACAUGCCUAUUCAGCUGACUAGUCAGGCUUACUGUAAAAUGGUUCUACAUGCUGCCAAGUACUCUCACUGCGCCGUGAAUGGAUUGUUGGUGGCAGAGAAGACGAAGGAGAAAAAGAAAGACAGCCACGGUGAACCCAUCUUGUGUGUGGACUGUGUGCCUCUGUUUCACGGUACUCUCGCUCUGGCACCAAUGCUAGAAGUAGCUUUAACACUGAUUGAUACUUGGUGUAAAGAAAAUAAUUACGUCAUUGCUGGAUAUUAUCAAGCCAAUGAACGCUCACAGGAUUCAAGACCAAACCAAGUUGCAGAAAAAGUGGCUGCCAGGAUUUCUGAGAACUUCAGCGAAGCAGCAAUUGUUAUGGUGGACAAUAGUAGAUUAACAAUGAGCUGUUUUGAGCCCAUCGUGCACAUCUAUGACCAUCAUGAAAACAAGUGGAAAAGCAGAGAAGUAACCUUUGACUGUUUUGAGGACUGGAGCGAAGCACAGAAGAUCACAUCUGCUCUGUUAGAGGGCCGGUCCUACGAGAACUUGAUUGACUUUGACAAUCACCUGGAUGAUCUGAGGAAUGACUGGACCAACCCUGUGAUCAACAAGUCCGUCCUGGAUUUGUGCUAAGCCAGUCAGUCCGAAGUACCCUGCACAUAGAUAAAUGUUUCUGCCGUUUCAGCAUGCAUGAUGCUACUUAUCGUGUAGCACAGGAGUAUGAAAAUGCUGAACGCAUGAUCUUUGUUCCAUGUAAAGCCACUCCUACUGAGAGGAACCUGCGGAGCACUGACCGGUUAGGCCCAAAAUCUGUCAAGAGCAAGCGCCAUAUGUGCUCUGUUAGCAUGUGUCCACCUUUACAAGGUGAUGCUGAGGUGAUGAAGGCAAUUAUGUGAUUUAAAUGCAACUUUGAUGUUUUUUUUUUCCUACAAUAGUUUGUGUUUAUUCACUGUUGUGUGCAAAAAACUUAAAUUCUAGAGUAUAAUAUUAAGUUUUUCCUCCUUUAAUAUUACAGCCAGUAGCCAUACAUAGAUCAUAAAAUGUAAGGAGAUGAUUGUACUACUGAGAUAUGAUAUAUAUAGAUACACAUUCUCUAUUAUAGGUGUAGUUUGUGUUAAGCCCAGUUUAUUUAUUAACAAGAUAAGAAUAUAGAUGAACCGGAGAGGCAGUAAUCAUGAAAAUGUUUUGUCUUAUAUUAUCUUUGUCUUAUCUAAAGAUAUGACUUUUAAAUUAUUAAUUCUUAUGCAAAUGUUUCUAUGAUGGAUGUCUCCUGCUGUUGUUCCUGGUACACUUCAGAAUGUCAUUCUUCUGAUGAUACACAUGUUGGCGUAUUGACUUUUGAUUGUUCCUCUGGAAGAUUUGUUCAGAAAUACAGUACGUCAAAUCAGAUCGAAGGAAUCUGUGAAUUUUGUUUUAUGUGUUCUAUCUGUUGUAAGAAGUAGAAAAUAGUUUGUAUUUAUACUUCAUUGACUGCUCUAAAUCAUACUAUUUAAUAUGUAAUGUUAAAACAUUUGAAUACUUGAUGUUAUAGAUACAGAACUACCUUUGUACUUCAAAUUAGAAUUAAUCAGUAAGAGCUAUUAAAUAACGCUGUGGAUGUCACAUUUUUUACAUACAUUUUAUAAACUGAAUGUACAAUGAAAUCCCCUUUGGAACCAA